AUGCAGAACACCUGCCCCAAAUAUCCAUCUCCCCAUAUCCCUAAUUGGAAGAAGCAACCAAUUGCCCAGACUACAUCCGCCCCGAACAUUGCAAUUCAAUUCAACCGGGUGCAGGUUGGAAGAUGGUUUCCACCUGGAAUCAGACGUCACGCAGUCAAAGCCUCAGCUCCGACUUUGGCCCUCUUUGCGGCGGCAGCGGGGAAUAAAAGGAACCGAGCUGCUUUUCAACCCCAGGUACUCAUUGAACAUGGAUGCUACACCAUGGCAUUCAAUGGCAUCCGAGAUCUUGAGUCCGAGAAACAACUCUGGUCAGGGCAUUGUCGCGUCUCCAGGGCAUGGUUGGGUGUUAAUGUGACGACUGAUAAAGUCCUGCAUUUCGAUCUCAUCUUGAUGGAUGCCAAGGAACAGCAGGUCUACACCAUUAAAAACUUUGAGCUUCACACGACCCAACUGAAAUAUCGCCCCAUUGCCAAUACAUAUAUCAUGUCGUUCUCCCGGAAGACUACUGUUGAGCAUGUUCCCGAUGUCCCUUCCAUUCCUGCCUUCAAAUUCAAAUUCCUCAAAGCAAGUGAGAUGGCAUCUAAAUUGAAUGAUGUGGUCGUACUCUCAGGUGAACUUUGCUUUAAUUCUUCGGGUUCAACAGUGUUGUAUCCCAACCUUGAUAUCCCAGAAGUAAAGGCUUUCACAACCAGAUAUCGUAUACAGCUUGAUGUUGAAAGCAGUUCUGUGCCAGCUACCUUUAUCAUCUUUGAGUAUGAAGCAAAACGCUUCUUUGGUGUCAGUGGUAAUGAUCUUUUCAAUAGGACGGGUCAGAACAAUGAGGUACCCCCUCCAGAUCUACUCCAAAUAGUUGGUGAGACCAAACUAUUCCAUGUCAAGUUCAAGCUAAAUCUCUACAGUGAUUCACAAGCUGAUUUCACCGUCUUAAAAGUCUUGGAACCCACAGAACAGCGUGCCGUAUCAGUGAUGGCUCUCCGCAAUUUAGCCCAAUUGAACCUCCAUGACAAUGACCAGGCUGUUCGCGUCAGGCUCCUGCGUUUAUGGCAUACAAUGAGGCCUGAUGGUGUAACGCUUGACCAAAUCCACAUGUUGUUUCUCGACAACCAGUUGUUUGCUCCUCUUCUUCACGUGGGAAGGAUCUAUUUCUUGAGCAACUUUUUGGUCCAAGAAUAUGAUGAUACGUAUAGAGUUGCUCCUGCAACUAUCCGAAUCCGCUUUCAUAAUGAUACGGUGAUUGAGGAACUCCAGAAUGCAGCCGACAUACCAACAUAUAGCUUUCGGUUUUUGGCUGCUAAUGAUCUUCCCUUUGCUGUCCAUAAUCAUGAAUAUUUGUCUGAUUUAAUUGGGGAGGUUGAAACUGUUGAACAAGAAGAGGUCCUAUUCGAAGAUGCUGCUAUUUUACGGCGAAAGGGAGUGCAGCUUAGAUUGAUUGAUAUAGAAAAUGUCCCGCUGGCCAUUGACUACACGUUGGAGGAUGCUAUAUGGUUAAGUGAGAUAUGUUCCAUUUCGGAACUGAAUCUAUAUAAGACUGAUUUCACCAACCAGGGGAAUUUGUACCUUACUACUGCAACAGUCAAGGAUGUUACUGUUUCUUGGUCAAGUGUGCAUCUCAAGUUUAUGGUGAGGCUGACUGUUGCUACUGGUCCUCAUGAGGCUUCUAUCAUGUUUAUGACUACCAAGUUCCGGUGGAUAGCAAGUCGUAUCAUUGAGGCUACAGACAAGGAAUGGACCAAUGACUUCAGGACUCUCCUAGCUGCUCUCAGGGGGAAUAUAUUGAAGUUUAUGAUUGAAUUUGGAGAUUUCAACGGCCAGACCAAUGAGUUUGAUUUGGUUCUUCGCAAAUUAUUCUGGUAG